GAGGUCUGUUGAUAAAAAGAGAGAAACGACAAGGAGCGCAAGAGAAAUAAGUAUUGGACGGAGGACAGCGGUUUGGUAAAAAACGUGGAUGCGCCUCUGCGAGUCUUAAAACGACUGGAAGAAUCUAUCCAACUCCUGAGGGAUCAGGUGAAGUAUGGAGUGGUAUGUCCUGGUGCUGAUGUUGAGCCUGCCGCCCUCCAUCCGCACAGACUGCUCGUCACAAUGCCAGAAAUGCGUGCAGCAGAUGCUUCGCCCCGACGCCGCCUUCAGCAACCUGCCGUGCAGUGCGGAGUGCGAGGACGAGCUGCAGAGCUGCGGCCAGGACUUCAGCCAGGACUUCAGCCAGGACGAGGCGGCGGAGGCGCAGGAGAGCCAGGAGACCGACCUGGUCAAGCGCUACGGCGGCUUCAUCAAGAGGAUCGACAAGAGCAAGAACAAAGUCUUCACGUCGUCCCCGUGGCGCGACAACUCGGUGCUGAAGGCCGUGCUGCUGCCCCGCAGGUACGAGGACUGGCUGAAGCGGCUGCAGGCGCCAAGGGACCUGGAGGACCAGACCCUGCACACUACCGUCAAGCGGUACGGCGGAUUUUUACGAAAAUUCGGCCCUAAAUCACGGAGAAGUAGCUCCACGGAGCAGGAGAGCCAGGAGAGCCAGGAGGGUCAGGGGCCCCAGGGGCCCCAGGAGCCCGAGGAGCUGCAGAAGCGCUACGGCGGCUUCAUGCGGAGGGUCCGGCCCAAGCUCAACAACCUCAAGUGGGACAAGCGCUACGGAGGCUUUCUGCGCCGACACUUCAAGAUCUCCGUGCGGUCGGUGGAGGAGCCCUACUACUCCUACGAUGACUCGAGUCUGUAAAAACCCCGCUGAGCACAGAAAACUAAAGGCUGGUUUAUGGUUCCGCGUUAAAUCCACGCAGAGCCUUCGCCGUAGGGUACGGCGAAGGGUGCGUGUUAUCGCGCACCCUACCCCGUAGGCUCUGCGUCGGUGUAACGCAGAACCGUAAAUCAGCCUUAAGAGGAACUUGUGCAGGCGCACCAGAAAUCUCAAAAGUUUAUCGAAACAGUAUCUUAUGCCUGCCUUUCCUGCUUACUCGGUUGCCUUUCUGUGUAAAACUAUCAUCUCUGUGUCAUUUUUGCCUCAACGUUUGUCAUUAAAUAAACAAUGCUUGUUUAAUAAAACCAGUAAUA